UUGGAACGUAUGGAGGGGAGGCUCCCGGCCAUGUCAAGGCCCAAGCAUCUCCUGAGGAAGGAUGGGACCCAGCUGUAUUUCAGCCCCACACUUCCCGCCAACCUCAGAUCCAACCCAAACCGUUGCCUCGCCUCGACCUACUAUCAGCCUCCGCCUGAAUUAGCAUCUUAGCACAGCGUCAAGCCCGAGCCCAGCCCCAGCCCGGGUCCAGCCACAGCCCAGGACCCAGCAUGGCGAGGGACUUUCAGGACAUCCAGCAGCUGGGCUCUGAGGAGAACGACCACCAGCUCUGCAGAGGUGAGGGCCCAGGCACUCGUGGGCACAGUCCCAGGAGAGAAGAUCCAUUCAGGAAAGGGACGCCUCCUCCCCAGCCCUUUGUCCUGCAGCGUCUCUGCUCCAAGCUCCGCCUCAGUCUGCUUGUCCUGGGCUUCAACAUCCUGCUGCUGGUGGCUGUGUGUGUGAUGGGGUCCCAAAGAGCACAGCUGCAAGUGGAGCUGCAGACCCUAAAGGAAACUUUCAGCAACUUCUCCUCGAGCACCUUGAUGGAGAUCCUGGCUCUAAGCUCCCAUGGAGGCAGCGCCGGUGACAAGGUGACAUCUCUGGAAGCCAAGCUGGAAAAACAGCAGCAAGACCUGAAAGCAGAUCAUGCCACUUUGCUGCUUCAUCUGAAGCACUUCCCCGUGGAUAUGCGCACGCUGGCUUGUCAGAUGGCGUUCCUCCAGAGCAACGGCACAGAAUGCUGCCCCGUGAACUGGGUGGACUACGAAGGCAGCUGCUACUGGUUCUCUCACUCGGGGAAGCCCUGGCCCGAGGCUGAGAAGUACUGCCAGCUGGAGGACGCCCACCUGGUGGUCAUCAACUCCAGAGAGGAACAGAAAUUCAUUGCACAACACACGAACCCCUUUAAAACCUGGAUAGGCCUCACUGACAGUGAUGGCUCCUGGAGAUGGGUGGAUGGUACAGACUAUAGACACAACUAUAAGAACUGGGCCGUCACUCAGCCAGACAACUGGCAGGGGCACGAGCUGGGGGGCAGCGAGGACUGUGCUGAGAUCCGGGGGGACGGCCGCUGGAACGACGAUUUCUGCCAGCAAGUGAAACGCUGGGUGUGUGAGAUAAAGCGGAACAUCACCAUCUAGGUGUCCUGACCUCCAGCAGACCUCUGACCUCCAGCAGACCUCUG